AAGCCGAACAAAACCCUAGACUUUCCCAACGCCACACUCACGAAGAGCAGCGAGAAGAGAGAGAGAAAGCUCUUCAGAAAUGGUGACUUUCAGGUUUCAUCAAUAUCAAGUUGUGGGAAGAGCUCUCCCUACGGAGACUGAUGAGCAUCCCAAGAUCUACCGCAUGAAACUCUGGGCCACCAAUGAGGUUCGGGCCAAGUCCAAGUUCUGGUAUUUUCUGAGGAAGCUUAAGAAGGUCAAGAAGAGCAAUGGCCAAAUGCUUGCAAUCAAUGAGAUUUUUGAGAAGUGUCCUACAAAGGUGAAGAAUUAUGGUAUAUGGUUGCGGUAUCAGAGUCGAACUGGCUAUCACAACAUGUACAAGGAAUACCGUGAUACCACUUUGAAUGGUGGUGUGGAACAGAUGUACACUGAGAUGGCUUCACGCCACAGGGUCCGUAGUCAUUGCAUCCAAAUCAUCAAGACAGCCACUAUCCCAGCAAAGCUUUGCAAGAGGGAGAGCACCAAGCAAUUCCACAACUCCAAAAUCAAGUUCCCCUUGGUGUUCAGGAAGGUUAGACCACCAACUAGAAAGUUGAAGACCACCUACAAGGCUACUAGGCCCAACUUGUUUAUGUAACUGUUUUAUCAUUUGUUGGCGAGGUUACAUAAGACAGGGAUUGAAGUUCUGAAUUUUUGUUAUUUUAGCAGAGAGAUCAUCAACCAGUGCCAUUUGUUUUGGUUUUAAGAAUUCUAGUAUAAUGAGAUAUUUGAAGGUCUCCUAAGUUUCUUUGUUCACUUUUUGAAUGCCUAAGUACUCUCUAUUGGAUUUUCUA